AAUACCUGUCUUGGAGAUGGCGAUAGGAAGAUCGAUGUGAAGAUGGCGAUUGAUUUUUGAUCCGGUGAAGAUGGCGAUCGGGUGAAGAGUGGCCGCGGAGAAUAUCCUUUAUUAUGGGGCUGUUUGGAAAGUUGGAUGGAUAAGUGCUGAACCAAUUUUGAUGGAUUUUCAUGCUUACAAACCCAUACUCCAAAUCCGACCAACAUCCCAAAGAUUUUGAUGUAGAUUUUGCAGACUUCUCUUUCCCAACUAAUCCACAUUUCACUCGCUCUUUGCAUAAAUUGGAAUCUCAGAAGCGCGAGUCUGAUCUGGAAUCGGAGUGCUGCGAGAAUGGCGGCGAAGAUGAUGAGGAAGGAGGCAGCGGUGGUGCAGGGGAACGUGACGGAAGCAAAGCCGGAGGAUGCCGCUGCGGCGGUGAAGUCGAACCAGGGGCGGUGGAUUUGCGGGCUGUGCGCGGAGGCAAAGAUCCGAGAGAAGAACUAGGGGCAGUGGAUUUGCGGGCUGUGCGCGGAGGCGGUGAAGGUUCGGCUUCCUUUUUUCUCAGCUCCAGUUUUGUCGUCGACAACCUCACUCGCUGCUCUUUGGCCUCCUUCCAUGAUGAAGGGCGAUUGUGAUGGAUUGUGAUGCAGACCUUUAGACUUUCAAAGAGUAAAUUCCAUAAUUGGUCCUUUAUAAUAGGGGGAUUUCCAUAUUUAAUCCUCUGUUAUCAAAUAUUACCCCUAUAGUCCUUUUUUUAAGGGCGCCUUUCCACAAAUGGUCCUUUUUUUGAUCUUCUGUCAUGUUGGUGUUAAUUUAAAGGCUAAAAAUAUAAUUUGACAUUAACAUUAUGUCUAGUGACGUGUUCUGAUAUUGGUUAAGCGGAUAACACAAAAAUAAUGACUAUGAUUGUGA